GUAUUUCUCGUAACAACACCGUGAACCUCGCGCCGCCGCCUACCGCCAGCCUUUGCACCUCACAAGGCACCUAAUUUUUACUGUUUGUAGGAGCGCUUUUAGGUGAACUGGAUUCAGCAAUGUCUCGAGGCCGUGAACGUGAACGUCGGCGCUCACACAGCCACAGCCGCAGCAGGAGUCGCAGCAGAGGCCGCAAUUUCUCACCUGCACGAAGAGGAAUCUCUGAUGUCACCUCCGAUCCCAAGACCAUCAAUGCACGCAUCUUUGUUGGCAGCAUCAAUGUGUCCAUGACCAGAGAAAUGCUUCAGGAACAUUUUUCUCAGUAUGGACGAGUUGUUGGAGUGUCCAUUACAAGGCACAAGUUUGGCUUUGUGCAAUUUGAGGAAGAGGAGGAGGCAGCAGCCUGUCUGAGUGCAGGCAGCACAGCGUACAUAUCAGGGAAGAGAGUCGAUGUGAAGCCAGCCAAAAUAGGAGGUGGCCUGGGCAUGGGUGUGUCACCAGUUGGUGGGAGUUCUCGUAGAGGGCGCUACAGUGAUAGCAGAGAGAGGUCCCCGCCAGGAAGGGGAGACGAAGACUACUACAAUGAUUAUUACGGGAGAGGAGAUAGUGGUAAUGGUAGUGGAGGAGGAGGGGGAGGAGGAGGAAGUGGUGGUAGUGGUGGCGGUGGCGGUGGUGGUGGUGGAGGUGGUGGCGGAGGAGGAGUGGGAGGAGGAGGAAGAGGGGGUGGAGGUGGUGGGGGACGGGAAAGAGACCGUGACCGAGGAGGGAGGGGUCGAGGAGGCCACUAUGAGGACAUGUACGACAAUUAUUACCGGGGAUACUACCCACGCUACGACGACUCCUACCAGCGGCCACCACCCCCUGACAUGGACAUGGACAGCCGUCACGGCGGCCCGCCCAGGGAAUACCCCAGCUACUCCGAGCCCAUGGACCCUCUGGACCCCAACCGACCCAAUGAUGUGGAAAUUGUUGUUCCCAAUAAAAUGCAGAGGGAUUAUGCUGAGAGGAUUGAGGCACAGCUGAAGUCCUUCAACAUGAUGGUGGACUUACUGUUCCCUCCACCAGACAUCCUCCCCUCCCAGGUGCUGACUGACCUCAGCCAGCGCCGUUGUCUCUAUGCCAUCUUCAUCACUGCUGAGAACGAGAGUCACCACUCCCUCACCCUCAACAUACUUCACGGAAGUCCACAAGAACAUCGCAACAUGCCGGUUGAUGACGCUUUGCGUUUAAUUGAACAAAAUUUUGAGGAAUACGUCAAGAAAGCCCGUCAACGGAAUAUUCGUGAGGUUGUGCCCCGAGAUAUUCGCAAUUUGCUCCUUGAUUUGCUUGAGACGCGUCCCCUCUCCAUGGGUGACCUGGACAAGCUGAUCAAGUACCUGAAGGAGCGACAAAGCAUGCUGGUGGAUGACCAAAUAGAGCAGAAGCGAGAGACUGCUGCAGGAGCCAGUGCCAGCCGCCCCAUGGCAGUAACUUACCCAGGGUAUAAUUAUGGUUCCAACCAUAACGUGGUGGGUUCUGAUACUUCUGUAAGCCAGAGUACUACAGUAGCCACUGCUGCUCCAGGUACCGUUAGUGUGGUUCCACAGCCAUCAGCAGCAGCAGCAGCUGCCGCUGCUGCUGCUGCUGCUGCUGCUGCUGUUUCAGGUAGUGCCUAUCCUUCUUACGGGAGUGUGCCAGGCUUGACCAGCGGUGUGUACAGUGCGUAUGGCAUGGCCGCCCCAGUGCCGGCCACACCCGUCGCCGCCCCCAUGAUCACUGCCGGUUCCAUUGGUGGUGCAGGUAAUAAGCAGGCCGAACUGCAGGAGAGAAUACUUAAUCUGAUGAAGGGUCCUGCCGGGGGAGGCGUGCCCACAGGGGUGCCACCCCCCUCAGGUGUCCCUGCCCCCACGGGUGUGCCACCUCCCUCGGGGGUGCCGCCCCCCAGCAUGGUGCCUCCCGUCUGGCCCACAGGCAUGACCAGCCAUUCCAACAAGGCUGCGUCUUCCCCUGCCAUCAAAGUGUCACAGUCAGGUGGUCCGCCUGGACAAAGCACACUUUUUGCUGCUUACACACCUUGGAAUCAGUAAACUAAAGUAAAUUGGCGUAUGACACAUUUUUCUUUUCUAAAUUCAACCCAGAUGUCCAUUCUCUUGCCAGCUGGAGUGAACAUUUCAAAAUUAUCUCUUGCUAAAUUUUAAAAUAUGACUUGAAAGAGCCCCAAAACCCUUUCUGUUUGAAAUCUACAACUCCUCCAGAAUUCAUUGCACCCUGCAUCUGAUAAUGGUAGUCAUGGAAGGGCUCUCUAAUUUUUAAAGUGGAGAAUGACAGCAGUGGUUGCAUUGGGCUCUUCUGAAUAUAAAGACCUCAUUUUUCUAGGAAGUAAAACAUUCUCUCAAAUGUUGUUCAAAAUUCGUUAUUUAAUUAUAUGAAGUUUAUUCAGAGUACUAGAAGUUUACUUUAUAAACUGCUAAAGUGAUCAGAAUCUGUUUUGUGAUUUUUGCUGUGGGUUUACUUUGAAACCGAAUCAUCCAUCAUCAUUUUUCAUUUGGUUUGUUCAUUCAAGAGUUUUAAUCCUAAGACUGUAUUACUGAACCACUUCAUUAUUACUGAAGUGUUUCCUUUGUACCAAGUAAGAGAAAAAAUUUGCAUCUUUUAAUGUUUAGAUAAAGAUAUGUACUUGAUAAGAUAACAGCUGUGUCAUCAGAAUGUCUGAAUUUUUCUCACAAGAUUGUAAUUUCGUAUUAGGAUUUGUGUGUGACAGCAGAUUUUGAAAACAGCUAAAUUUAUUAUAAAAGCCAAUCUUAAUAUGAACGUAAAUAUGAUAUCACAAACACUUUAUUCUUGGAGGAAAGAUCAGUUAAUGCCUUGCAUCACACAAGAAACACUGACAAGGCAGAACAUGAGAGGACAUGGCCAUUUUCUGUUCCUCACUCGAUCAUACACUUGAGAAAUCUUGUCUUCUAACAGUAUAUUGUACUAUUGAUUGAAACGAUGGCAUCCGUUUGCUGCAUUUUGAUAUCAAAUUAACCUGGAGAUUCAUUUUAUUCAGGAUUAAGACACGCCAGCAUUUCACAGGAUUUCAGCACUUUUUACUUCGCAAACUGAAGAUCAAGAAAGGAUAUUUUCAACUUUCCCUACUGAGCAUUUUUGUUUCUGCAGCUGCCCUGGAAUAUAAAACUACAGCUGCAUAUAUCAUCAAAUUUGGCUAGUUGAGGUAGUGUUCUGGAACUCGACAACACAGAACAACCCCUCAAGCCAAGAAUUUUCAUUGCCGUGCCACAGACUAUGAUGUGCGUGCUUACUAAGAGUGUUUUGUGCCAUGGAGUCAUGGUCGCGUGUUGUGAAAGAUUACCACUUUUUACGUGCGAUACAUUUCAGCUCAUCUUUUUAAAGGCAUUUGACUGGAAGGAUGCAAGAAAUUAAUAGCUUUCGGUUUUCCCCGUUUAGUUCUCGUGAACUCUUUGUGGAUUCGCAGUAUUUGUUACAUACUCAUGGAGGGAGACCCAGUGCUUCUUCACUGGGUAUUUGUAGGCUGCACUUUUCAAGUUUCAUAUCUCGUUUAACGUUGAACCGUGUCAGCGUAAAAUGCAGCAACCAUCCAGUUGGUAAUAGGAAAUAUCGAAAUAACUGGAAAACACAAAGACUGCAUACAUAUAAUCAUAUAUAUAUAUAUAUAUAUAUAUAUAUAUAUAUAUAUAUAUAUAUAUAUAUAUAUAUAUAUAUAUAUAUAUCGUCUGUUCAAGUUUUACUCACUUUACGCUAAUUUAUAAUAUAUUGCGUGUAUCAUCUACAACCUGGCUUUAUUGCGACUUAUGUGAAUAAUGCAACACUACUUAGGAACAAACAGUGCCAUUAUUCUGCCUUGAGACACAUAGCUGUUGCAUGUGCUAGUAGAAGCUAAAUCAAAAGUGAAUGAAGCAUGUUGUACAUGUGAAUACUGUAAACCCUUGAUAUAAUGGGCUGAUAUAACAGAUUUCAGAUUUGAUGGAUGCCUCUAUGGUUUUAGCAUGCCUAGCUAUGAAUCAGCAGGCCUGGCCCAGGUAGUUGGCAGCCAACCCACUCAGCUCUUCAACCCCCCUUACGGACUUGCCGAUAAAAGGGUACCUGGGGAAGGUAAACUGUGGUAAUCUGGAUAUCACACUGGCCCUGUGUUCCUGGAUAAUGAGUCUUUGCUCACCACAGGCUCGAGGGCCAAUGUGAUAUAGAGCACCAAGGCUACACACAGCUUACCAUAUGCCCCCAUUUUACCUUACAAAUGAUAAUAAAAUUGGCAUUUUUUCCUGCCAUAUUUGCCCUUUCCUCAUCCAAAAUUGCCUGCAUCAGGCUGCAGCAAUUCUUAUUUGGCAAUACAAGGAUCAUUUGUGUGUCUUGCAGCAAUUAGGAUAAGACACAUACGUGGCCACCUUCUUGUUAUAAAAAGGGCACUAGCAAGCUUGGCUACAUGCGGUGGCGGCCUUCGCCUUGGGAAAAUCGGUCGUUACUCAAGACUUAUUAUUAUUUUUUAUACAUGCAAUUCAACGGCCCCUUCUCCCCUUUAGUCCAUUAAAGUGAGGGUUUACUGUAAUACAAAGUCAACUGGCCUUUGCACUUUUAGUAUUCUUAUUUAUGUCAACAUUACUAUGCACCUAGUUUUUUUUUUUUUUUUUUUUUUUUUUUUUUUUUUUUUUUUUUAA